AUGACUGAAGAGCCUAGUCACAUGCCACCGUCGCGCUCUCCAACCGCUCGCCUAUUUGGCGCUGGCAAGGGCCUCCUCGCUGUCCCUCCUACUGCCAACCAUGGACCGCCUGUGUACGUUCCUGUUUUGUCAACAUCACCCAUCCAGAACAAUGGUGCAUAUAUGUCGCGGAAGUGGACCCAGGAAGACCAGAACAACUCUGAUGAAAAGGAGCGGAGGAAAGCCAUGAACGAGCUUGUUGCGUCCUGGAUGGAUCGUCUACAGCUGAUCAGUGUCAUCACGACAUUCUUUGCUGCGAUGGAAGCGGAACUACUAGGUACAACAGCACCAGACCCGGGCGACAAUGCAAGCGAACCCGUCGUCAGCCAGCUUGCAAAUGCCACGCUCACCGGGGCACUGGUCAUGCACGUCUUCGCCGCCAUCCUCGCCUUCCUCGCCGCCUUCUUCCUUAUCCGGUUCAAGCUCACCGCCGCCGUACGUGAAGAGCACAAGGUCGAGUCUGGACUCGCGUCUGGGGCCGCGAGUGGAGCGGGAGUUUGCGUCGGGAAAGGCGCCGAGCCAGCGUCGGGGUCUCGUAACAGCACGACGAGUAGCGACCCACCGAUAUGGUCGUCGAACCCGCAUCUCGAGCAAGUAGGCCCAUUUCGCCGCGGACAGCCACCGACUCACCUACUGGACCAUUGUCACUCGCUGUGUAUGUGGCUAUCUGCGGUCGGCUUUGUGCUCGCUCUCGUUGGCGUGCUCGCGUUUGCCUGGUCCAGGCUGGCGCUGAGCGGAGGCGUCUUUGCGUCAGUGUGCAUGGCUGUGUGUCUUUCCACCGGCGUGGCUGCAAUCUUCUGGCCGGCAUCAUCUGCUCACGGUUGAGGGGCCUUCUAUACUUCUUCUCCGCAUAAUGCCUAUACGAUAUCCCAUGAAUAGCUCUAAAACUGAGUCUCGGUCUGCAUAUACCCUAUCAAUCAUAUAACCUAAUAAGGAUGCUACCCUCGUUCUCUGCACAUAAUUCUACGACCCACACGUUGCCCAAAUGAACCCUUCC